CAUCGGGUCGCGCCCGCACGCGCACAUUCAACGCCCGCGUUUUGAAAUGAUUAUCGUUGUACGGUUUUUUGUCCAUAGAGUGCUACGCACAACCACGCUCGCCGYCGCUACACACUACUUUGCGUACUCCACGGCAGCCAGCCAGUCAUUCACUCGCAGUCAGUCGUCCAGCAGCAACGCCGGUGAUAGUAUAUCGUACUCAGCRACGAUUUUGAAUAGUCGUUUUCGAUACGUGUAAUAAAUUAAUAAUAUCGUGCUAUACGAAAACAGCCAUAAGACGCGUUUCGCCGGACGACGAUGUUGCAAUCGCUAUAAACGCCGAGUCUCCUGAUCAAAUAACUUUCUUUUCUUUUUUUUACGGUCUUUUCCAUUUGAUUUUCCCCGCACAGACGGUGGAACGCGGAAAAACAACCGUCCGAAUAUUCUCGUUUUUUCCGCGUCCGCUCGACGGUCGCCAGCCGUCGUUUUCGUCGCUGAAGAAGCAGUGACCGACCGGUAACGCUCGCACGUGCACACAAAGCACACACUUACACGGAGCGGCGGUAGUCGACCCGGACGACCUCUUCAGAGGAGAAGCACAUUGCGGUUAAAGUGCAACAGCGGUUUGCGAGUCGUCCGCACAAGACAACGUUGCGCGCGACUGCGCGUGAACCAUCGAUACCGACAGCUCCAGAACGUCCUUGCAGAGGUUGUUCGCGCCGGUGAUUUCGGCUAAAAAAAGCACGUUUUCCCGACAUCGAGAAGAGAUGACUAUCAAAGCGGCAACAACAGCGGCGGUAGUGGCUACCGYGUCCACCCCCCAGAGGAGACGUGCCAGCGGUUUCGCGAGGAUGGCGGCCUUUUUGUUGGUAGCCUCCGUCGUCUUGGCCGAUGUGAUCAGAGUCUGUGAAUGUCGCACCUUACGAGAGGACAACUACCAGCUACAACGAAUUCGCCGAGAUGAUAAAAGCUCAGAUUCUUUGCCCAAAAUUGCCGUUGGUGACGAAGAUGAGGAUUCAGAAAGUCAAGAUGUAUCAUCCGAAAUCGGUGGUGUUAACACAAUGCCCAGCUUACUCACAUCUGGACUUGUUGUAGAAACUAUCGAAGGGACAACGGUGAAUCUUCCUUGCAAGGUUGCCAAUGGUUCUGAUGAUUACGCAGUAAUUUGGAUAAAUGGCACCAAGAGCAUAAUGACCGACUAUUAUCCGAUGACUGCAGACGUGAGGGUCAAACCUGGAACGCAAUCGGAGACAUCUGCAGGAAUUCAGGAACACACACUAAUCAUUGAGCAAGUAACGAGGCAGGAUUCUGGAUCCUACACGUGCAGGAUUACAACAACACCCCCCAUUGAGAUAACCCAUACCCUUCGUGUCACACACCCGGCUAAAGUUUUGGCAGUACAAGCAAUGGGACACCCCGGGUCUAUGACUCCCGGAGGUACGAAAAAGUUGACGGUAAAACAAGGUGAACUAGUGCAACUGGUAUGCAGCGUGGCGGGGUACCCGGAACCUACAGUUCAAUGGACCAAAAGGACUAAAUACCACCAGCAACCUCAUCAGUCGACCACGGAAUCUCCAGACCACGAUCAAAAGGUCGCGGAUUCUGUACCACCAACUCCCACGUCGGUUGUCGUAUCAAACACGAAUGAGGUCCGUAUCGAAUCCGUACUCGCAUAUCGUGAUGCCGGUUACUAUGAGUGCUCGGCACACAACAGCAUUACAACCGGAUCCACUUCGGGAGGGUCMAACGGGGCAAACGCACAUUUGGGAAUAGAACUGGAAGUUGAGUUCUUGCCAGACAUCGUAGUGCCCCGGCUCGUCGUCAACACCGGAGAAACGUACGUCGCUCAGAUGGCGUGUUCCGUGCAAGCGUACCCCAAGGUGAAAGUCACGUGGGAAAAGGAAGUGCUGAAUCCGAACGGACCGCCGUCGUCGACACCCGUGGUCGCCGAAGGCCCCAACAGCCGAUACGAAACGGCCAGGCUACCACCCUCCCUAAACACGUUCCAAGGCUCAGGUAACGCAACCGCGACGUCGGCCGGACCCACUUUCGUGCUCAAAGUGAAUCAGGUGCAAGGGCCACAAGAUUUUGGUCGGUACAGGUGUCGAGCCGAGAACCGUGUGGGCGUCUCUUAUUCGGAUUACAUAACAUUGACCGGUUCGCCGGCUCGACCCCAAUCAUCGUACGUACAGGUCAAGGGCAAGGCACCUGAACUGGCAUGGACCGUGGACAGUUGGUCGCCACUGAUCGAAUACCAGUUGCAGUACAGGCGGCAACAGGACUCACCAGCUUCUUGGACGGACGUCAAGCCACAGCCACAGGUGGUCGAGUCGUCUACUGGUGGAAACGCAGGGGAUGAGCGCCGGUACGCCGUGUCUUAUGUGUUCGGCAACGACGGUCAGUCGCCACAGCCAGCCGGAGCGCCCGCGACCGUACCGAUCACCCUACAACACGGCACUACGUACGUGGCCCGGAUCAAGGCUCACAACGUUCACGGCUGGUCAGACUGGUCGACGGAAGUCGUGUUUUCCGGUGGAAUGGACGAUGACCAAGAGGCCAACGAGAUUUCUCAGUACGAUGGACAUCAACAUAACGACCAUGUUUUGAAAGCUUCCGUCGCAGACGGUAGUGGUGCAUCGGGUCUGCAGCAAUACUGCUCGUCCGCUUUAGUCACCUCCGUCGUGAUGGCCGUCACCGCACUGGCCGCCGCCGCGGCUUCCGCCUGUUAGAUCUCCGGUCCUGCAGUCCGGAAACGCCACCGUCGCCGUACGUGAACCUUCAUCGCCACAGCGUCGACAACGGAUGCGAAAAUUACUAAGAAAAUAAAAAUUUAUGUUUAUUAUUAAAUUAACUAUUAAUAGUAUACUAAACGCAACAACAACACCAUAUUAUAUGCGCACCUACCCGCUGCCGAUGUGAGCCUAAAACUCUCUCUCUCUCUUUCUUUCUCUUCAAAAAUAUAGGUGACCGCCGGAUAACGGGAGAGGGGCGCAAAAAAAUUCAAACUGAUUAUACUUACAUGAAAACCAAAGACGGACACGAUGGCGACUAUAUUUACUACCUACUGGAGUGAUUAAAAUCACCGUAUUAUAAUUAAAUUGUUGUCGUUAUAAUUAUUAUUAUCACCGUUUAUUAUUACUUUUAAAUAUUAUUAUUAUUAUGCGAUGGAUGUACGACGGUUUUCCGUGCCUUAAUGCAAUUUAAUAUACACACAUAUAUAUAUAUAUAUAUAAACAUAAUUUACCAAUAUAAUAUGACCRCUAUACAAUCAUAAACAUUCGUAGAUUUAUUAUUUAUUAGGUUUAUUUAAAAAUAAUGUUUAACGCGUUAUUAUAUUACUACGACAUCGUGCGCUUUAAUCACCGCCGCUGCCGUCCCAUAUGUACUCGUCGUGCCGCCGCGAUGACGGAUGCAUAGCUGGAACUUUUUUAUUUUUUUAUGAUCGCCCGUCGCCUAAUUUACUUAUCUACUCGCGCACGUCGUUGCCCACUCGCACCAAUACGAUAUUAUUAUCAGCGUUAUUUUUAUUAUUAUUAUUAUCAUCAUCAUUAUUUUUACUGUACACCACACAUGUACAUCGAUACUGUCGAUAAUAGGCAUCGCGCACGCUUAGGUAUUGAUGCGAACGUGUCAGGUCUCGGGCGUCCAUCCGACAGCAGGACAUUUUUAGGAACGUCAUCAUUAUACGCUCGCAAGGCAAUAAUAAUGUAAAUAAUAAUAAUAAUACGUCCAAUAUGUACCUACGUACUUGGCUCGUAUAAUAUUUUAUUGUAUCGUACAGGUACGCGUGCACGUCGUUUGUAGAUUUUUAACAAGCGUUUGUUUUCUCAU